AUGAAUAAUAUUAUUAUUCUUGCAAGUUUAUAUCCUUGUUCCAGUUUAUAUGUCUCUGUUCCAGUUUAUGUUUCUGUUCCAGUUUAUGUCCCUGUUCCAGUUUAUAUGUCUCUGUUCUAGUUUAUAUGUCUCUGUUCAAGCUUAUGUACCUCUUCCAGUUUAGUCCAUAAUGCCUCCGGUUUGUGUACUAACAUCUCUAGAACUUGCACAAGAUAUGCAAUUUACAGCAUUUGUGCCCUCAUCCAUAUUUAAUGUCGAAGUAACUGUUUUUGCAAGAAAUUCGGCUGA